GUCAAAGUCACGGUAGUGGACUUUAUUGGAUCGAUCCAAACGGUGGUUCAACAAGUGACUCUUUCCAAGCUUUUUGUGACAUGGAGACCAAUGGUGGAGGCUGGACAUUAAUUUCCACCAAAGUGUCUCCAAGGUUCCUCCUUAUCAAAACAACCUUCCUAGCAUCAGCUGCAGAAACCACGGAUGCAGAUGAAUCGAGUCACAUCCACCCUGACAUGGGGGACUGGGAAGAAGUCAUGUUCCGGUUCAGUGACGUCAAUACAAUCCGGGUUAUUUACAACAGGAAGGCAGGCGCUCCAAAUAGGGACAAAACAGACUUCGAGAAGUUCUUGAUGGGGACAACUUACGAUGAGGUGAGGAACAUCCACGGUUUUUACAAAUACAGCCCAGCAGAUCAAAACAAGAGGAAUCCCUCUUCUGGUUUUGCUUCAAUAUCAGGUUUCCACUUCGAUUCAAACAACGGGAUAUCUGAAAGCCAUGCUGGCACAGAUAAGUGGAUUGACAUGUGGCACGUGGUUGACGGCACAAACAACUACCUCACUUUUGACGAUAGCCGCGCUCUUGGUACCAAGUGUAUCGCGGGCUACUGUUAUCUGAACAAACCAAUCUGGUGA